AUGAUUAGAGCCAGAAGCAUAAUCUUGAGAAGUCAUAGACAAUUCUCUACAUUAUUAUCAAAGAAACCAGAAUCUUUAAUAAUUGAAGAUUUAACAAAUCCAUCAAUAAAUCAAGAGGAUGAAGAAGGAAGAAUAAAAUUAAUUGAAUCAUUAUUAAAUUCCCAAAAUUCAAAUAUACCAUUAUUAUAUAAUCAUUUAAUACCUAAUUUUUCAUAUUAUUUUAAAAUUCCUAAACAUUCUAUCAAAGGAGAAAUUUUAAGAAGAUUAAUUAAUGUUAAUCCUGGUAGAGUUCAUAGUACUUUUGAUUUAUAUAAUUUACAUCGUGAAGAAAUCGAUGAACAUAUAAUUAAUGAUGUAUUGAAAAAACUUAUUAUUGAACCAGUUGAAGAAGGUGAAGAAAGAAAUAUGGAAAAUAUAUUUAAUAUAAUUAAAGAUUUUGAACAUUUAGAAUUUGAUCAUGUUUUAAGUGAAUUAUUUUACAAGUUUGUUAAUCAAGACGAUUACAAACUGAUUAAUGAAUUGAUCAACGAAGGUGUUUUAAAUAAUAAAAAUAUAUUGAAAGAACUUACUAAUGAUUUAUCAUCUAUAGUUAAAAAAUUUGCAUAUUUGGAAGUAUUCCAUAGAUUGUUUAAUACUUCUCGUGAUGAAAUAACCGCUGAUCAAUAUACUAUUGCUUUAAAUUUGUUAAAUUUCAAUAAUGCACAACUUCAUGAGUUAUUCAACAAAACUAAUCAAUUGUCAUUUAUACAAUUGACAAAUGAAAUCUUGGAAUAUAUUGAAACAUCCAAAAUUGAUGAAUUACCAGAUUCAAUUGAAUUACGUCAAUCAAUAAUUGAAGUAUACGGAAUAAGUCAAGAUAAUACCGAAAUGGCACUUAAGAAAUAUCAUUAUUAUGAAAGCCAUGUUAAAUUAGAUAUAAACAAAAUCAGAUUUGAAAUGAUUAAAUUAUUUAGUUAUCAAGCAAUUAAACAAAAUAGUGAUAUUUGGAAUCAAGUUGCACAAACAUUUAUCCCACCACAAUUUACUAUUGAAACAUUACAAAUGUUGAUUGUAUUGAAAAGUUAUUUCAAUAUUAAUGAAGCAUUAGAAAUUUACAAUUCAUAUAUUAAUGAAGUUUCCGGGAAUAUUAAUGAAAUUUCCAAGAAAUCACCAAAGGGAGUAAUGACAGAAUCAAUAAUUUUAGGAUUUUUAUUGAACAAUGACCGUCAAUUUGCCUUUUUGAUAUUUGAGAAAGCAGUUGAGAACAAGAUCAUGACUGAUGAGUUGGAAAUCAGUCAAGUUAAAAAGAUGUUUAAGAAAUAUAGUGAUUCAUUUGUUGAUAAUGAAGAAUGGGAAAACAAUGCUCAAUUGAAAAUGAAACAAGUUGCAUUGGAGUAUAUAGUUAAUAUAGGUGGUAUCAAAUAUUAA